AUGACAACUGUUAGGGUUUUCUUAGCUGUUGUUGCAGCCAAGGGAUGGUUAAUUCAUCAAUUGGAUGUUAAUAAUGCCUUCUUACAUGGAGACUUAGAUGAAGAGGUGUACAUGACCAUGCCUCCUAGAUUUGCUGUUAAGGGGGAGAACAAGGCUGACUACUCCUUGUUUACAAGGCUUCAUGGUGUUUCUUACAUUGCUCUCUUAAUCUAUGUUGAUGAUGUGGCCAUAGCAAGCAAUGAUUCUAAGGCAGUUUCUGAGUUUAUCACUCUGCUUAAUGAUAAGUUUAAGCUGAAAGAUUUAGGCCCUUUGAAGUUUUUUUUUUUGGGACUUGUCUCUCAACGAAAGUAUGCCCUAGAAGUUCUUGAAGAUUCAGGUCUCUUAGCUUCCAAACCUGUUUCUUUUCCCAUGGAACAAAAUCUUAAGCUCUCCAAGGAUGUUGGGGAUCUUCUUCCUGAUCCAACUAGUUACAGAAGGUUGGCUGGCAGGUUACUUUAUCUUACCAUAACUUGGCCUGAUCUAGCUUAUUCUGUUCAAGCCUUGAGUCAGUUCAUGGAUCAACCAAGACAACCUCAUCUAGACGCUACUACUAGAGUCCUGAGAUAUGUCAAGAACUCUCCUGCUCAAGGGCUUUUGUUUUCUGCUAAGUCAGAUUUUUGUCUAAAAGCUUUUUCAGAUUUGGAUUGGGCAGGUUGUGUUGAUACUAGAAGGUCAAUCACUGGCUUCUGUGUGUUCCUUGGUAAUUCAUUAGUUUCUUGGAAAUCAAAGAAACAACACACCAUCUCCAGGUCUUCUACUGAGACAGAAUGUAGGGCUAUGGCAUCUACUGCUUGUGAACUAACAUGGCUUGUCUCUCUUCUUCAUGAUUUUCAUAUACCUCAUCCAAAGGCUGCAUUGCUCUUCUGUGAUAGCAAGUCUACUUUGCAUAUAGCUGCCAAUCCUGUUUUUCACGAGAGAACUAAGCACAUAGAGAUUGACGAGAUUGACUGCCAUUUAAUUUGUGAAAAGAUUCAACUUGGUUUGUUCAGAAUUUUGCACGUGUCUUCUCAGAACCAACUGGCUGAUAUCUUCACAAAAGGCCUUGGUUUUAAGGAUUUUUCUAGGUUACUUUCCAAGAUGUUUGUCAAGGAUGUUUGCCAUCCAUCUUGA